CAGUAAAAAAACACAAAAAAACGAUACAUUUGCGGGAUUAUUUGCAAGCUCUGUCAUCCUCCCUCCCCUCUUUCCUUAGCUAUGUCAGCUAGCUUGCUACUAGCUACCAAAUAAUUAUUCGCUGGCUAUUUACAGAUCCAGCUUGUACUGUUUUUGUUUAUUUUAUUUUAAGCUUAACAGUACAAUAUUGAAUACAAUUUAAAUGCUCUAUCACUGAUCAUAUCCAUGCUUACAGUACUCAUUGUGACUGCAUGGCUUGUCCACAUUGUCUGAGAAGUAAAAUGAUCUUUGCCCUUAGUCCCAAAGUCAAAGAAUCUCAUUGCCAACAACAGUGGUUUUCCAUUCAAGUUGAUGUUAUCGUUAUGUAAUGAAAAUACAUGAAAUGGCUUACCAGAAGACUAACUGGACCAGGGAUAGAAAUUGUAAUGAGUAAAGGGAGUUGGUUUAAAGGUGCUGGAGUUAGUAUACAACUGGCAGAACUAAAAUAGUAUAAAUAGUAUUUCAACUGCCUCUGAGCACUGCAUUCGAGCUAGAGUACCAAAUGGUUCCACGUGAUGUCACACUUAAGGCGACUGUGUAAUUAGCUGUUUUUAACAUGCAAUAAUAGAUAUUUUGUUUUGUGAGCUUAAAAUAAUCAAUCAUUAUUGAUUCAUAUUCAAAAUGAAUAGGUUGCCACAGCUGAUCUGACCCAGGGCGGAGUGUGUAUUGGGAGAGCAGACUAGAGAGCCUGUCUGCUACCAUGAUUCUGUCAGGACGAGCAGCCUCAGUAGCAACAGCAGCUCACCUAUCUUGCUCCACUCAAGUCCUGACUGGCCCCCUCUGGCUCUCUGCUGUAGUUGGAUGCUCACACUGUGUGGUGACCAGGUGGAUUUUGGGAAAUGUAGUUCUACCUCAGAAGAGAGCCUACAGCUCCUCUGGUGUCUACAGGACAGCUGUAGCUACAGGAGGGAGCAGUAGGCCAGUAUUCACCCGUGCCCCUGCCUAUGGAGAUAAACUAGCCAUAGUGGACAGCAGCGGUAGUCACAGCUACAAACAGCUGUACGACAGCAGUACCAGCCUGGCCAGGAAGAUCACCUCUGCCCUGGGCUGCCCUUCAGGUGACCUGGAAGGGAAACGGGUGUCCUUCCUGUGUGCCAACGAUGCCUCCUACACAGUCGCCCAGUGGGCCGUAUGGAUGUGUGGCGGGACAGCCGUGCCACUCUACCGGAAGCAUCCGCCGUCAGAGCUGGAGUACAUUGUUUCGGAUUCCCAGACGUCCCUGCUGGUGGCGGGGGACCCAUAUGGGGAUACCCUGAUGCUGCUGGCACAGGGGAUGGGCCUGCCAUGUCUGCUGCUGCCCCCCUCCUCCAACGUGGACACCCUGGAAGAAGCUGAUCUGGUUGAGGCUGGCGCGGGCAUCAGGGACUGGGCACAGCGGCCUGCCAUGAUUAUCUACACCAGUGGGACCACCGGAAGGCCUAAGGGAGUUCUUCACACACACAACAGCAUCUUGGCCAUGGUAAGGGGUCUUGUGUCAGAGUGGGCGUGGUCCAGGGAUGAUGUCAUCCUGCACACCCUGCCCCUGCACCACGUGCACGGGAUCGUCAACAAGUUGCUGUGUCCUCUCUGGGUGGGCGCCACCUGUGUCAUGCUGCCUGACUUCCAUCCCCAGAAGGUAUGGGACCUUCUCCUCAGUAGUAGGCCUCCCGUGGUCAACGUCUUCAUGGCCGUGCCCACCAUCUACUCCAAGCUCAUCCAACACUACGAGGAGAACUUCACCAGGCCCCACGUCCAGGACUUCAUCAGGGCGGUCUGCAAAGAGAGGAUCAGGUUGAUGGUAUCGGGCUCGGCCGCCCUCCCCCAGCCCACCCUCCAGCACUGGGAGCAGAUCACCGGACACACACUCCUGGAGCGCUACGGUAUGACCGAGGUGGGCAUGGCUCUCUCCAACCCCCUCAACGGACCCCGCAUCCCAGGUGCAGUCGGUGUCCCUCUUCCAGGAGUGGAGGUGUGCAUUGUCAUGACGAACGCUACCAGCACCACCAUCGCUGAGGGCAACAGCGCAGAAACCAGGGUACGGCCUGGUCUGGAGGGGAAGGAGGGGGAGUUGAGGGUGAGGGGAGCGUGUGUCUUUCAGAAGUACUGGAACAAACCCCAGGAGACCAAGGAAAGCUUCACUACUGACGGCUGGUUCAAGACAGGGGACACCGCAGUGUUCAAGGACGGGGUCUACUGGAUCAUGGGCCGCACCUCUGUCGACAUCAUCAAGAGUGGAGGCUACAAGAUCAGCGCUCUGGAUGUGGAGCGCCACCUACUGGCUCAUCCGGACAUCCUAGACGUGGCUGUUAUUGGUGUUCGGGAUCCCACCUGGGGUCAGAAGGUCACCGCCGUGGUGCAGCUGAGGAGGGGCCGGAGCCUUACCUUGGCAGAACUGAAGGCCUGGGCCAGGGAGCACAUGGCCCCCUACACCAUCCCGACAGGGCUCAUCGUGGUGGAGGAGAUGCCAAGGAACCAGAUGGGCAAAGUCAACAAGAAGGACCUGCUCCGGACCGUCUCUCCCAGCUAGGAGGAUGACAUCACUUCCUGUGGAGAACAGCACUUACUUUUUCCAUCCCCGUCCCCUCUAACCAAGACAGACCACAGUCAUUUUAGCUGUCUUUUUCCAAUGCCCAUCCUCUCUAACUUUCCUGCGGAGAAACACACACUCAUGUAUGCUCCUAAGAGUGACCCAGAACAGGAUGAUUAAAUGAAUGAUGGGUGGUGCUGUUGUGAUAAGAUGAUGAUGAUUUUCACAACACUGCCGUGUAUAAACUGACUGCGCCAAUCAUCAACAUGCUGUAGGCACACCGGGAGAUGAAUGAUAAUACUGACACAAAUAGACAUUAAGAAACAGUGUGAUCAAAGCUGUAAAACACACAUUGAGUUUUUGUACACUGGAAGACGAUGUAGAAGGCUGUAAUAGUCUGCUUUCAGAUAGAUGCCCUCGGAGUGUCAACUACUUUACGUUUAUUUUAACUUGUAAUAUAUAGAUGAAGUAUUCUUGAGUUGAAUUGCUGUUGUCUGAUUCAACAGCCCGUACUGUGUGUGCCUUAGUGUGAAUGUACAUGUGUGAGAGACAGAGGUAGCUUGCGUGCACAAGCAGCUGUGGUUACACAGGUGUGAUGAGAGCCUGGAGGUAGAGAGUCUCUCCAGAUACUCUCUACAACAGCUGGAUGUGCCAUCAUCGGCAUCCUCUCUUCUCCCUCCCCCCCCCUCUCUCUCUCUCUCUCUCUCUCUCUCUCUCUCUCCCUCCGAACUAAUGAAGGAGAGCAGGCGUGGAAAGGCAAAGGGAGGGCAAAGAUAAGGAAGGGAUGGCACUGAGAGAGACAAGUAAAACGAGGAAGGAGUAAACUGACAACACCAGAGAGAGAGACACACACAAGGGACAAGAUGGAAUGAAGCGGGGCGAGAGAAAGGAAAAAGAGAGGUUAAAAAAAAGGAGGUAGGUACAAGUGAGCGCUCUUUCCCCUCCUCCCUCCACUCUCAGCCACUGGAGACCUGAUUAAGAGAGUAGGCCUAUCGAUCUGCAGCCUGGCAGGUCAGGAUGGAUGAGCAGGCAGGGCUGGAGAGAAGCACCAGAGGACAGGCUCGGCUCCCUCCCUCCACACACCUCACCCGGUCUGGGGGUUGGGGACAAGGGCAGGAGAUGUGGGUGGAGGGCAGCAGGGCUGUGGGCUGGGGCUUGGUUAGGUAGGCGGUCAGGGUGGGCUCCACUCAGGUGAGGAAAGAGGGAGAGGGGCGCGGGGGGGGGGGGGGGGGGGGGUCAAGUCCCAGGAGUGUUAUGAUGGAGUGCCGGUGCCCUUGAACCACUUUCUACACUCCUGUGCGAGCACACACACACCACUGACUGUCCUCCCACCCUGCCUGGCUGUGUGUUUGUCGAAGCAUGGUGGAAGAGGUUGUCUGCAGAUGGCUGCUUAUUGGCCCCCUGGGUCCUGGGCGGGGGGGGGGGGAGCGGUCAGGCAGAGAGAAGGGCGAGCACCACCCGCCUUGUUUGACUGGCCUCGUCCCCUCAGACUGGUGGAACGACUGAUAGCAGCCUCUCACCUGCAGGGAGGAGGGAGGGAGAGGGGAGCGAGGGUCACAGACACUUAGCAGAGAGAAGAUAGGAGAACAGAGGGAAAGAGAGCUAAAUUCCUUUGCAAUCUAUCAGUAUAUCCAAAUGAAAUGGGGGAGAAAGGUAUGCAUGGGUGGAGGGCGAGGUGUCUGAUAUAUUUGAAACAGAAUACAUUUUCAAAGAGGGACUUCUGCUUUCUAUUGAUAAGUCCAUAAAUGAAGUGUCUGAGGUUUUGUAUUUCCACCAUGCAUAGUUGAGCUCAAGGUGUUUCUCUUUUAAACUCCUCUCUUUCAUUGAGUCGAUUCUCAGUCCGUCAGUCAGUCCGUCAGCACAUGAAAGGCGUCCAUUAUAAAUGAUUCAGGCAGAGAAGUUCACUCUGGAUCGUCUUUGAACGCUACGCUGAACACCAAACAGGUUUCCAGUGUUUGAAGUAAUUGCGCGAUACAGGAAAAACAACAAAGACUGAAAGUCAGGAAAUGGAAUUUAUUAAAGGCUUAUAAACCGUAUGUAUGGUACAGAGAGCCAGCAGAGUGCUGGAGGAGGGGUUGGGGCUACAUGAAGGCAGCCUGCAAACCCAUACAGUCGAGCGUUCACACGUACACACUUUUGACCAUCCCAAAAAGCGGUGUUAAAAAGAACAUGUUUAGUGCCAGAGCUGCAGGCUGCAUGGUGGCUGAUUAGCGUGACAUGGUUAAGGGACAUGCCACAGUGAAGCAUGAAGGGAGUUUGAAAGGCCGGCUCUCCAGCCUAGAGGUACGAUGGACACACACCACACGGUACAUCAUUCUGGCCUCAGUGGUUUGUGUUUAUAUUGGAGUGUGGUGUGUGCAUGUGUGUGUGUGUUAUUGCUGUUGACAUGAUGCUCAUGUUUAUUCUGAGACUGUCUACCUCUGGGUGAGCCCAAGGCUUGGUUUUCAUUAAACUACUGCUGACUCUGGA